CGAUAUUCUCUUAGCAUGGAGAAAAGAAUGAGGCUCCGGGUUCCAAGAAUUGUCCGGUCAUCUCUAAGCUCUUGCCGACCACGAGAUCUACACGACGUCGUCGAGACUUGUGCUGUUAUAAGUCACACAACCUCUUCCGAGAGGUUCUUGCUCACCGAAGCUAAAGCCAAAACAACUCCACGCGUGCAUAGUCACAGACACAAGUCUUAUGCCUUCUCUGCGUCACCGAUAUUCCCUCCAAACCCUUUCUACGAAGAAAGCCGUUCGUUUCGAGAUUUAAGGAAAAAGAUCAAGACAAAGAGGAAGCAGAGAUCGCAGUUUGGUUCCGAGUCUCUCUCUGCCUCUCGUUUUAGGUCAAGUGGGUCUUGGUGCUGGUCUUGUAGCGAUGAAGAUGAAAGUGACGAUACAGACACACUCUUUUCUUCUAGAAGCUUCUCCUCAGAGUCUUCUAAGGGAGAGAGUUUUGCAGUGGUGAAGAAGUCAGAGGAUCCGUACGAGGAUUUCAGGACGUCGAUGGUGGAGAUGAUUGUUGAGAGACAGAUUUUUGCAGCGGCUGAGCUAAAACAGCUUCUUCAGUGUUUUCUAUCGUUAAACUCCCUUCAACACCACAGUGUUAUAGUUCAAGUGUUUUUAGAAAUUUAUGCCACUUUGUUCUCUCCCUAAUUCAUAUCUCUCUCUCUCCUUUAAUAUCUUUUACUAAAGUACUAUGUUCAACCUUUUAUUCCUAGUUUCAACUAGAUUCCCCUUGAAACUUUUGU